AUGGAGAAAGUCGAAGCUCUCGUGGAUCGUGCUAAACAACUAGCAUUCCACGAGCCACCCAAUACAUCGACAUAUACCGUGGACAAAUUCCACCCAUCCUUAGAUGAUCAUAUCCAGAGAAUUCACAAGUCUGUUGAUACAUAUGCCCCAACCACAAGGUAUUUUCUCGAGGAAAUGCAACAUGACACUAUCGUUGCAAAUUCCUCCGAGCCAGUCGCCGACGUUUUGGCUUCUCUGGAUGCCUUUCGUACCUACAUGAAGGACGCGAACUCGUGUGCGAUGGGACCUGAAGAGGCCUUGGAUCUUUCAGCGCCUAUCUCAGACUACUUUAUAUCGUCGAGCCACAACACUUAUUUGACGGGGAAUCAACUGUACAGCGACGCUGCUGCUAGUGCAUAUACAUCUGUCCUUCUCCGCGGCUGCAGAUCCGUCGAGAUUGAUGUCUGGGAUGGGGAAUUGGACACCCCAAACUCAAGCGACAGCGAGACAAGCAGCAGUGAUUCGGAAACGGAAGAAGGGAGAAGUAUUGGGGGGAAGUUGAAAGACAAGACGAAGACUGGGAAGAGUGGAGAGGAAAAGCCCACGAAAGAAAAAAAGAAUCAGUCGCCUAAACUCAACGGCGUUCUUCGUCGCAAAUCCGUCAAGUCGCCCCAGCGACCAGUGGAUGAAGAGACUGCGACGAGCCACAUGCCUGUUCCGGUUGAACCUCGUGUUCUGCAUGGUCAUACCCUUACCAAAGGAACUACAUUUCGUGAAAUCUGCCACGCAAUCCGUGAAAGUGCAUUUGUUGCCAGUGAUCUUCCACUGGUCAUUAGUCUCGAGGUGCACGCGUCUCUUGAGCAGCAACAGACGAUGGUUGAUAUCAUGUUGGAGACGUGGAAAGGAUUGCUCGUGGAAGCUCCUCCGGAUGACGGGAAGCUCCCCUCGCUAGCUGAGUUGAAAAGAAAGAUCUUGAUUAAGAGCAAAUGUGUUCCACGAACCGGCGAGGACGAGAAAACUGAAGGAGAAGCUCUGACACCGCAGAAAUCUGAUGAUACAUCCUCGGGCCAACAGUCAACAAAGCCAUCAAAGAUUCUCGAAGCUCUAGCCAACAUGGCUGUUUAUACUCGCGCAUACCAUUUCAAACAUUUUGACCAACCAGAGGCCAAAACUCCUCACCAUGUGUUCUCGCUCUCCGAGAAAGCAGCGCGAGAAGCUCAUAUCGAUUAUCGGGAUGCUUUGUUCGAGCACAACCGAAAGGCUCUGAUGCGUAUCUACCCGUACGCAUUCCGAGUCACCUCGUCGAACUUUGAUCCAACAUUCUACUGGCGACGUGGCGCUCAACUAGUAGCAUUGAACUGGCAGAACCUAGAUAAAGGCAUGAUGCUCAACCACGGAAUGUUUGCCGGAACCCACGGUUGGCGACUGAAGCCCUCCGGCUACCGAAGCAGUCAUUCUCCGACAGCUGUUAUCGAGCGCCGCAGCUUAACGCUCUCAAUCGAGAUAUUCGCCGCGCAAGAUCUCUCUCUACCGCCCGGUGACCACAGCGAGAAGGGGUUCAAACCGUAUGUGAACUGCCAGCUGCAUGUCGAAGAACCGGAAGGUGAUGUCUCCCCGGAUAAGGACGAUGCCAGCUCCGACACCGAAAAGAGUAGCUACAAGCGGUGCACGAAGAGUUCUUCGGGUCGGAACCCGGAUUUCCACCGCCAGAAGUUGCAGUUCCCGACCGUGACGGGGAUAAUUGAGGAGUUGAGCUUCCUACGGUUCAAGAUCAAGGACGAUGAGAUCGGUCGGGAUCCCUUGGCUGCGUGGGCUUGCAUCCGACUUGAUCGGCUGCGGGAGGGCUACCGCCUGGUCCAUCUCCAUGACUGCGCUGGCGAACAGACCGGAGGUAUCUUGCUGGUUAAUAUUGUGAAGCAGUUUACUUAA